GUUCGGGGAUCGUCACCGAUUUGCUUCUGACGUGGUAACCCGUCUCCUUGUUUUGCGGUUUGUUCACACCGGGGACAAACUAUUUUCCGUGGAAAAAGUGAUUUUUCUGGUGGAUUUGAGUGAAAAUUCGAAUCGGUUUCGGUGUGAAAAUGAAGUUAUUCGGUUUGCUGAUACUGCUGGGCAGUUGCCUGGUGUCGUCGGUUUGGACUUCGCGAACUGUGUCGAAAUUUAUCACUCCAGUGGAUCAGGACCGCUAUCAAAAAAUAUUUGUCGAAGGUCUCGCGUCAUCGGACUUGCAGUCGGUAUACUUUUCAUCGGUGAACGUGGCUGAAAAAUCCCCGGACGCAUGUACCCGGCUGGAGAAGGUGUAUGCCGAGUCCAAGUACAAUGACUUUGAGAAAAACUAUUACUUUGCGGGCGCAUGGAAGAAUUUCGGAUGUAAAACAAAUCCAGGCAAGGUUAAACAGUCUGUGGAAGCAGCCCUGCAGAAAGAUUCCAAUUCUGCACAGGAAGUGUACUUCAACUUAAAUUCGGCGAGCUUCUUAGGUGCAACAGUAGAACAGACCACGAAGGCACGCGUGGCCAAAAAUUUGCAAGCGAUUCUGAAGAAAGAUGAUUCUCUGAACAGUCUGGGACAUGCGUUCGCUGUGGCAGCCGAGUUAGGCACUAGCGGUGCCUUUGCCUAUGACCGCGUAGAAGAAGCUUUCGUUCAAGCCGAUGAAGUGGACGGAAAAAUGCUACAGUUUGAGGGUGGUUUGAGCAUCACUGCUCUGAUUGUGAACAGCGCUUUCAAGUUGUCCACCAGUCUGAACAAACCAGUUCCGAUCAACGCUGAGCAGGCUGUCAAGUUCGCCGCUUAUUUCUUGUCACGUUCUUCAGUACAAACUCCAAAGGGGGUGAGCAUUCUGUUGGAGGCAUUGAACACUCUUUCGGCUCAAAAAACUAUUGCACCGAUUUGCGUGAAGUUGUCAGGAAAUGGUCAGCUACUGCCAGAAUCCCCUGUGCUGCAGGUUAAAGUAAGUGAUCUGCUGGGUAAACCAUUAAGUCCCGCUCUGGCCGUUGUCAGCACUACGGUCACUUCUAAGACAACGAAUCAAGCAAUCGUUAGCAAGGUUAAUCUUGUCCCAAGUAAUAGCGACGCGAGUGUCUUCACCUAUAACUUGAAAUCUGCUAACCCUCCCCGCGGACAGUACAAAGUAGAUGUCGAAGCUGGUGGCUAUAAGCAAACACUGAAAAUCAAUGUCCUCGGCAAAGUUAAAGUUAGUUCUUUGGAAAUUGGAGUAGGAGACUCGGACAGCACAUCGGCGGUCAAGAAGCACACUGUCAGCUAUGCCAACAAACUGGAUACCGAACUUGCGGCUGAUUCCCAGCAGAAAAUUGUGCUGAAGGCAGUCCUUGUUGAUGAGUCCAGUGGAAAGCCGAUCAACGUGCAUCAGGCCUUUGUCCUACUUCGCAAUAAGGCUACUAAGGAGGAAAUUGUUUUCGUUGCCGAGGCGGACUCGAGCAAGGCGUACAAGUUCGAAAUGGACGUUGGAGCCAGAAGCAAUGAUUUCGGACACAAGAGUGGAUUGUACUCGGUCGAAUUGAUUGUCGGUGAUUCGUUGAUUUCCAACUCUUUCAAGUGGUUGGUGGCCGAUGUGAGCCUCAAGUUCUCAGCGGAUAUUUCUAAAGACAACGCCCAUGCUGCCCGUCAACCCUUGCCAGAGAUCAUCCAUCAAUUCCGCGCUCCGGAGAAGCGCCCUCCCCGAGUGGUGUCGGAUCUGUUCACUGGUCUGUGCAUCGCGCCACUCGUUCUGUUGUUCCUUCUGUGGGGCAAGCUUCGGGUGAAUAUCAGCAAUUUCCCCUUCUCGCUCGGCGCCAUCGGAUUCCAUUUGGGUCUGGGGGCCAUCCUUGCCCUGUUCGGCGUGUUCUGGCUGAAGCUGAACAUGUUCGAUACCAUCCGGUAUCUCAUUCCGCUGGCACUGUUUACCUUCCUGUGCGGUCAUCGACUGCUCAGGUCUAUUGCCGGUCGAAGCUCGGAGAAGUGAGCGUGUGAUCUCCUCCAAUCUCUCUUUUUUCUAAUACAUUCGUCAACUGUCUUAACCCUAACUGCGAUGCACCACUAACCUUACCCUAAUUGAACGCUUACCGAGUUCAAACCAUUCCCUUGAAUAAGGCAGGUCCAACCAAAUGGGACGAGCAGCACUUCACAUUCGUUCGAAGGGUAUUUUCAGUUUUAGUGGAAAUAUGUCGCGUGCAUUCGUGGAAUUAGUCUGAUAACAAAAAGAAGAAAGCAGUAAAAAAUAACUAAUCUAAGUUGAUCCGUCGAGAAACAGUAUCUUGUUCCUGGUCGCACUAGUCUCUAAAGCGGGAAACUAAUUUACGAAUGACAAGAUGUACCAAUCUGAUAGAAGUGCGAAUGAGUAAAAAGUAAAAUAAAAAGCGACAAACAAUAA